GGGGGGAGCCCGAGGUAGGCCCUGCUGUUUUUCUAACUCCAGUCAAUCCAACGCGGCCAUCUAAACCAAAACAAGGAGAGAGAAAUCCCCCCGCAACGGCGAGAAAACGAGACUGACUGCUGGAGCCAACUUCCCUGUUUGGAGACGCACAACUCUUUGAAAAUCUGGGGCAGUCUUUCUUCAACUUAGUCACUUUGAACAAGAUUGACAACACUGAUCUCAUAAUCCACAAGAAGAGCAAUAUUUCUGAAAUCAUGACAUAAAAGGUGGCUGUUGCUGACAUGCGGUGCCCGCUUGUUCACACUCGCCGGAAAACGCACACACCACAGGGAUCCACAGUCCGCUUUUAACCCUUGACCUACUGACCUCUUCGACACCCCACCUAAGGUCCAGAAACGCACAGACACGUCCUCCACCCACCAAGCUGAUCAUCGUGCUCUUCAUCCUCUGGCAAGCUCCUCAUCCUCUCUUUAAGCAGGCAGCACUGGAGGUUUAUGUACAAAUGUCUACCUCACGCUUAAAGCUCCUCUCUCUCCCACUGCAGCCCUGAACACGCUACAAAAUGACCUCCAGUAUAGACCGGGAUGACAGUAGUAUCUUUGAUGGGUUGAUGGAAGAAGAUGAGAAGGACAAAGCAAAACGAGUUUCCAGGAACAAGUCGGAGAAGAAGAGGCGAGACCAGUUCAAUGUGCUCAUCAAGGAGCUGGGCACCAUGUUGCCGGGCAACACCCGCAAGAUGGACAAGUCCACCAUCCUGCAGAAGAGCAUCGACUUCCUGCGCAAGCACAAAGAAAUCGCUGCGCAGUCAGAGUCGAGCGAGAUCCGUCAGGACUGGAAGCCUCCGUUCCUCAGCAAUGAGGAGUUUACCCAGCUGAUGCUGGAGGCGCUAGAUGGCUUCUUUCUGGCCAUCAUGACAGACGGCAACAUAAUCUACGUUUCAGAGAGUGUCACUUCCUUAUUAGAGCAUUUACCAUCUGAUCUGGUGGACCAGAACCUGUUGAAUUUCCUCCCACUGGGGGAGCACUCUGAAGUGUACAAAGCCCUCUCAACACACAUACUGGAGGGAGAGACCCUCACACCAGACUACCUAAAGACAAAAAAUCAGUUAGAGUUCUGCUGCCACAUGCUCCGAGGCACCAUCGACCCAAAAGAGCCUCCUGUCUACGAGUACGUCAAGUUCAUUGGAAACUUCAAGUCCCUCAACACUGUGCCUAACUCAACACGGAAUGGCUUUGAGGGUGUUAUCCAGCGCUCUCUCAGACCCUCGUUUGAAGACCGCGUGUGUUUCAUAGCAACUGUGAGGUUAGCCAAGCCUCAGUUUAUCAAGGAGAUGUGCACUGUGGAGGAACCCAAUGAGGAGUUCACAUCCAGACACAGCUUAGAGUGGAAAUUCCUCUUCCUGGACCACAGGGCUCCACCUAUCAUAGGUUACCUGCCUUUUGAGGUUCUCGGCACGUCAGGCUAUGACUACUAUCACGUAGAUGACCUGGAGACUCUAGCCAAGUGCCAUGAACACUUGAUGCAGUACGGAAAAGGCAAAUCAUGCUAUUAUCGGUUCCUGACGAAAGGCCAGCAGUGGAUCUGGCUCCAGACACACUACUACAUCACCUACCACCAGUGGAACUCACGGCCUGAGUUUAUUGUCUGCACACACACCGUGGUCAGCUAUGCUGAGGUGAGGGCUGAGCAGCGCAGAGAGCUCGGCAUCGAGGAGUCUCCUCCUGAGAUCACUGCAGACAAGUCUCAGGAUUCUGGCUCAGAGUUGAACACUUCCAGCCUGAAGGAGGCGCUGGAGCGCUUCGAUCACAGCCGCACGCCCUCUGCCUCCUCCCGAAGCUCUCGCAAAUCCUCUUCGCACACCGCCGUGUCUGACCCCACCUCCACCCAGACGAAGCUACAGACAGAACGCAGCACGCCGCCCCGCCAGUCCGUCUCCACCAUCGAGAUGACCUCCCAGCGACGGCCCUCUAUCAGCAGCCAGUCAAUGAGCUCCCAGAACACAAGCCAGACGAUGGCAACGUGUCUAGUAUCUCAGCCCCAGCAACCCCAGCAGCUGCAGCCCACUGUGCAGCCCGUGCUGCAGUUCUCCACGCAGCUGGAUGCCAUGCAGCAUCUGAAGGAGCAGCUGGAGCAGCGCACACGCAUGAUUGAGGCCAACAUCCAAAGGCAGCAGGAGGAGCUGCGGCAGAUCCAGGAAGAGCUUCAGAGGGUGCAGGGCCAGGGCUUGCAGAUGUUUCUGCAGCCUGGUGGUGGUAGUCUUAACCUGGGCUCGGUGCAGUUGACGCAAGGUACCUCCGUGCAGCCAGGGACCGCUCUGACCAUGCAGGGUCAGGUGGUGCCAACAGGCAGCUUACAGGGUGGCCUGGCAUCCACACACACAGGCACACAGCACACAGUCACUCAGCAGACCCAGCAAGCUCCUCCUCAACAGCAGAACCUCCUCCGAGACCAGAACUCCACCCUCACGCAGUCCCAGAGAUCUUCUCAUAGAUUGCAGUCUCCUUCGGCAGCUCUGCCUGCUUCUCUCUAUAACACCAUGAUGAUCUCCCAGCCGGGACAGGCCAACGUGGUGCAGAUCUCAACUAGUCUGGCCCAGAACAGCCCCAGUGGAGCAGCUGUCGCGACCUUUUCUCAGGACCGCCAGAUACGAUUCCCAGCAGCCCCUCAGCUCCUCACCAAGCUGGUGACUGGGCCGAUGGCAUGUGGAGCAGUCAUGGUGCCCACCACCAUGUUCAUGGGCCAGGUGGUAACAGCAUUCGCCCCGCAGCAGGGCCAGGCCCAGACCAUCAGCAUCGCCCAGCAGCCGCCCGCUACCUCUCAGGAGCAGCAGGCCCAGUCGCAGGCAGCCGCUGCUCAGCAGCAGAGCCAAGCCCAGGCCCAACUUGCCCAGCAGCAGACGCAGUUCCUCCAGGCCCCUCGUCUUCUCCAUGGCAACCAGUCAGCCCAGCUGAUACUCCAGGCAGCGUUUCCCUUACAGCAGCAGGGAACCUUUGCCACCACAACACAACAGCAGCAGCAACAGCAGCAACAGGUGCAGCAACAGCAGCUCCAACAGCAGCAGCAGCUCCAACAGCAACAUCAGCAACAACAGCAGCAGCUUCAGCAACAUCAGCAGCAGCAGCAGCAACUGGCGUCUCACAGGCCAGACAGCAUGUCAGACCGCUCCAACGCGCCGCCUCAGUAACCCGGGAAUGGCCAAUCAGUCGGCAAGGACCGAGUCUAAUCUCCAUUGCGAGGGGUGACGAGGGGAAGAGGUCAGCGUCGGAGCACCAUGGAAGAAUAGCAGUAUUCGAAUCAUACCUGUUAAUAUGGUGAAGGGCAAGACCUAGAAAGGGUGCCGUUUUCACCCUGUGCCCUUCCUGCCUUUCCUCUCUGAUCUCUGGCUGCUUGCACUGAAUUCUGGGAAGCGUAGUCCUUACAUGCUGAGCCAUUUGAAGUGGCUCGCAAGAGAGCAGCACCCGCUCUUUCAGUCACCCGGUCAAGCUCCACUGGAGUAAAGGGGCGAGGUGGGUCAAGCUUCUCCCGCCCCUUUUUUUCAGCCCUCUCUUCCCUCGUCUUGUACACCCGGUAUGUGCUGUCAUCACCCCCUCACUCGUUUAAUUUAUGCAGAACGCUCCGGUUUGUAGGCUGGAGACAACGAUUCAAGACUUCAGAGAAGUCUAACAGGCAAAUGGCACCAUGCUCAUUUGUCUGUCUCUCUCGCUCUCUCUCUCUCACACACAACCUCUUCCCCCUCUUCUUUUUCAUCUUUUGCGUUUUUCAUGUCAAAAAAGUAAUUAUGGGUCAGAAAAUAUUUUUAAGAAUGUCAUGUGGAUUCAACUUUUAUUGUACAGUACAUCUGUAAAAUAAUAUGUAAAUAUAUGGACAAAAGGAAAGAGAAACUAAUAUUUUAUAUUGAUGCAUGAGAUGAAAAAGCAUAGUCUGUUAUUUGUAGCUUUGAAUAUACUUUUUUUUGUAGUAUUCAAAGGAAAAAAAAGAAAACACACUUAAUGGCUGAUACCUUCACGGACUUCCUUUUAGUCGUGGGGGGCUUGUGUGUGUAUGUGUGUGUGUGCGUCUGCGAAGCAGGCAGUGCUGGUUCUGCGUUGUGUGUCACAGUUUGUUUAAACGGCGCCUUCGUAUUUUAGUAAAACUGCUGAAGAAAUAACAGUAACUAUAGGUUUUUUUUUCAUUUUAUGGUUUAACAGAUAAUGACACAUUUAUUAAUCUCUAAAAUGUACAGACAUUUUGUAAAUAUCAGAGAGAGCAGACUGUGGAUUUAGAUGGAGAUAUAGAAUAGUAUAUUAUGGGGAAAGUGGAGUUUUUCAAGCUUUUCGCAGUUGUUAGCUGCCUCAUUAUAUUUCAUUAGCAUUAUGAGCUUUCAGGAAAGGGAAAUCGAGUGUAGAUGAUAUAUGAUAGCAGUGAGAUUAGCAUAGAUCAAUGUUUAUGAUCGCUACAAAGUGCAGCCUUAUGGAGAAGUGGAGAAUGGCCACAUACUAUGUACAAUGUUUAAUAAUACAGUUGAAAUUUACAUAGUGCCAAGCCAUAAUUUCAGUUUCCUCACUUUGACAGUAAUAUUUUGGAUACGAUAGAGAAAAUAUAGCAUUGUAAACUUAACCAACCUGAAAUUUAGUCUUACCAAACCAAACCUCAUUGUUGCUAGAGAUCUUAGCACGCAAACAAGUAUUUGCACAGCUUUAAUACACUAUAUACAGUUUAUAUAUAGUGUCUUUUAUUAGUUUUUCUUAGAUUUACUUUGCGCAUCAGUGAACUACAACCAAAAUUGAGUCUAAAAUAUAGACAUAUUGCAUAGAUGCAAAAGUUUGGACACCACUGGACAACUGAUGUUUUGAUUUUCUAAGAACAAAAAAUAAGUUUGUCCUUCACAAAUAACUCACUUCUGCACAUUUUAAUGUUUUGUGUUAAAUUUAACAUGUUGGAGAAAAUAAAUAAAGCAUAAAAUGUGGUCUGUGCAAAAGUUACAGCACAUUUUGUAAUGCAUGCCCCCACCCUCAAUAUGUUAAAUGAAAAUAGAUAGGAAUUAUACACUAAAAUUUGCAUUAAAAUGCCAUAUUUACGUUUAUUUACUGUAAAGGACAUGUUAACUUACUUUCACCAAGAAAAUCAACUAAACGUCUUUUGACCUGGGGUGUCCAAACUUUCACAUACGACUGUAUGACUACCACUUUAAAGGGGCAGUUAUGCAGAAUUUUUUGAAAAAUUGAUUUAAUGACUUUUCUAGUAUUACGUGUGCAGUCCCCUCUAGAAAGAGUUACCAGGAAUGUAUUCUGUAGGAUCGUGAUAACACUUAAUCUGACCUAAAGGAGGUGCCGUCUUUAGGAAGACGUUAAAACUGUUCUGACCCAUUAGCGGUCAAUAUAGAAGCCCCAAAAAAACGUAUAGCACUUAUGUCUAUAUAGCACUUUAAAUGUGUGUCUUUGUGUAAAUAUACCCUAAAUUAGCUCAGCUUUUUAAGUUAAAGCCCGAACAAAACCCUAAAAAGACAACACUAAUUUACCGUUCUUUCCAAUAAGCGGCUUUUUUAGACUUUCUCCUCGUGCUGAAAAUUGCAGUCAAGCUACGCCAUCUUUACCUAAUGGCCAUAGUAGCUUUUGGCCAAAUCCAGUCUAGGGUUGCUGUGGUCAUAUCAGUUCAAUAAUGUGUUAAGUUUGUGGAGAUACAGCACAUUUAGGACGUUUGUUGCAGUGUAGGUAUGAUUUAAUGGCAUACAGGAGUUACAUUCUCAACAUUUUAAUGAGGUUUAGUUUGAGAUGGGAGUGGAUCCUUUACGGCGUCCCUCCCGCUGCUUGCACUUUAAGCUAUCAUGAAUGUCAGGGGUAAAGGGGAAAGGUCUAAUCGGCAAGGAGGUUGUGACGCCAUCCUUGGUUUGAUCGUUUUAAAGUGUGGACAAUCAUGAAUUUUAGUGUUAGCCAAAUUAGGAACUAUUUUUUACCAUUGUUUAAUGAAAAAAAUGAAAAAAAGAGACAUUUUUGUGUUUUAACUAGUUUAAGUCAGCUUUCUUUUCAUCAACGACAGCACUUAUAGAUAUCUUCUCAUGGAUCUUUAUAUAUUUUUUUCCUUUUGUUUUCUAAAUGAUCUUAUUGAUAAAAUGGCCUUUGUGUAAAAUAAAUGUUUUCUAACCAUUGAUUUUUACCUUUUUGAAGUUUGAGUGGGUUAAACCAUCGAGUAAGGAUGCCUAUUGUCAGGUUAGUUCGAGUAGAAACGGGUUGCAAUAAUUCGUAUGUAAUUCAUAUCAGACCUCAGCAUCGCAGCACAGAACCGGUCCGAAUGUUCCGCUUUCUCAGGAUAAAUAUGCCUCCAGCCGUUCAGAGUGCUGGUCCAAUCACAGUUCACGUUGCAGUAUCCAUCCAGUAGCAGAGCUACACCAUUAAUUGUCCACAAAAAGAGAUCCCUGGAAACGUAUAUGGUGAUGUGGAUUUAGGUGAUCUGAGGCAAUCCCUCUAGUUACCUGGUCUGACGAAGGCAGUACGAUGUUUAGUCACUACCAGUCAAUACAAUCCAAUAUGACAUUUAUACUACCUAUCGGUACAGUGAAUAAACCCAAUGGUGCAGAUUUGUUCACUGAUAAAUGUUAGACUUCAGACUGUUUCACAGAUGUUUAGGACUUGCUGUCUCUAUACGCAAUACAGUUUUCCACCAUGUUGAAUUCAUUUUGUAAAACUACUGGUCCCCAAUUAGCGAGAUGACCUAAUAGCUGGCUAAGACAGAAUGGCAGUAACUCACUGAAUGAAUGUAAACCAGCGUCGUCACGUCGUAGUAACCGGUAUGCAUGAGCUUGUCCUUAAAUGUUUAAAAUUUAAUGAACAAAGACUGUUUAGAGAGGCAGAUAGCCUGUUCUACAAUAUCAUAUUUUUCUAAGGCCUGACCAGACCUCUGGAGAGCGUUUGUAGAGAAAGAGCUUGUAGUAGAUAAAUACGACAUGUCUUUAAUGUAAUAAUGCAUCUGCUAAGAAAGGGAACAGUGAAGUGAAGCAGAGUUAGGAUUAUGAGAACCUCAGAUGAAGGACUUAAACAAACUGUGACACACUAGAGAACCAGGUUGAACUUGUUUUCUCACAGUGCAGUGGGAUGCAGGCAGUGGCUGUUUGGGGGUCUGCUGUGUACGAGAGAGGUUAUUGAUGUGAGCUCCAGGCUCCUGUUCAUACGUUUAGCCAUUUAAAAAGAUCAUGGCAAAAAUAUUGCUAAAAAAAAAAAAUCUUGAAACACCCUCACAGUAUCAGUUGUUCAAGAAUGGCCUUUACAUUUCUGAUAAACAAUGUUGACGUUGACAUACUCAGAUGUCAGUAGUUAACAUAUCCUUGCUGUCCUAAGACCUGUUUAGUUAUUAUUAUUAUUUUUUAAUGAGCCAGCGUGUCUUUGGGCAACUUUGGUUUUAGCCCAAAUUAAUCUUAAUCAAUGAAGAUGACAAAUACAAAUUGAUAGAUAUUGAAGAACUUGACAGAUCUAAAGAAAUAAAAUGAAAAAAAAUAUAUAAACUUAAUAAAACUUGCCUUUCAGUGGGGCAGGUUGUCUCAAAUGGGCACUGUUUACUAAACCAGUAACGUCUCCAUUUAUAAGUAUGUCUAGAUGUUACAAAUAGCUGUCUAAGGGAAGUGGAUCUUCUGUUUACAGUGGUUGAGAACAGACCUGUCAGUAUCAUAACAUUAUAGCUGAUGGUUAAUUAUUAUAAAUCUAAAUUAAUAUAAAUAUAAAUAAUUGCAGUUAACAACUUUUUUUUUUGUUCAUGUAUCAAAGUAAAAGCCUAAAGUGGCCACGUUGGCUGAUUAGCUGUGUCGCUUCCUAGCUGUCGAUACUCAGUGCCUCCCAGCUGAAGACAAACACAGCUCCAACUGAAAUAAACAGACAUUAAAAAGUUAUAUCAGCCAUAAAUUAGGACUUAUAAUGUAAGACUUAUUGUGUGGCAAUAAAUGCGCUCGUCUCAACCCAACAGAGGAAAAAGCACCCAGUUUACAUUGUUGUGAUGUAAACAUGGUUGUGAAUGUUAACAGCUGAGUAGGAAAAGCUCAGUGAGCUUAAAUAACUGCCAUCAGCUGAUUGUUAUAAUUGUGAUGGGCCUUGUUGAGAGGCACUAAAAGAGGUCACAGAUAAUAUCUGUGUGUCCUUCUCUUCACUUACUAGAAGUUACUUGGUAAUAAUAUGGUUGAUAAUAUAUUCCCACGUCUUGAUGGGACAAAACACUGAAGCGUCCAGGCUGCUGGUGAAGAUUUAUGACUGUAGUAUACAGCUGUGGCUUUCAGGUCCAGUCCCAGGCUCUGUUCCCGGCCCCAGCACACCUGAUCCAGCUCAUCAGGUAAUUGUCAAGCUCUUAAUGAGCUGGACCAGGUGUGCUGGGGCAGUGAAUACCUAAAAUACAGGGUGAUUCAGAAAGAUUCAUCCAAUUUCAAAAUGAUUUAUUUUUCUUAUAAAUCAUUACCGAACAAUGCAGUAAACUGUAAAUGGUUUAGUGAGCAUAAAGAUUAUGUAAUUAUACAAGUGCUCAAUAUGAACCUCCUCCAGCUGUACAGACAUCAUCAACGCCAUAGUCAAAUUCAUCCCAGACUCAGUUGAGCAUGUCAGGAGUCACUGUACUCUUUCAGUGUGAUUUCGGAGAUCAUCUAGUGUUGUGGAACCAACAACGAACGCUCUGAGCUGUUGGAUGAAAAUCACAUUGCAGAGUUAAGAUGGAUUCUCUCUUAUUGAAGUGGAGAACGCAGAACGCUUUCUGGUCAGGGGUCGCCAUCGCCUCUCAGACUGAAGGGAGCCAACUUCCGGUGACAGUCAGAAACUCUAUGACCCCCUCUUUCAAUUGGUAUGUGAUUGGUUCCUAGACGCCUCACGGUUGUAAAAAAUAUGGCUCUUUGAAAUUGGAUGAAUCUUUUUGAACCACCCUGUACCUGCAGGGCAGUGAGUCCCUAGGACCGGAGUUUAAAUCCACUUUGUGCUGUGGCCGACGAGGACCGACACAUAGAGUCUCAUUCAUAAAACAUACUUGUCACCAUUUGCAUAUGAUUUACACAAACACAACAUUCACAGAUCACACACUAAAAUGCCUGCAGUUCAUACAUCAGGUUGGAAACAUGCUCGGCUACGCACAUUUCGUGUCAAAUGUACAAAUAAAUCACUUACAUGAAUUUUCACAUACUAUCAUUUUAAAAUAAAAUCUGUGUGCGCUCGUUUUAUAAUUGAGGCCUGUGGUCUCUGCUGUUUGACAAACUGUCAGAAUUAACACUGUAUUCCACUCAUUCUUCCCAAGGCUAAGAGGAUAAAGGCUCAAGACAAUACGGAUAUCUAAACUAAUUAGCGUGGCUUUCAGCCUAACUCUUCCAGAUAAUGAGUCAAUACUUACAGCUGCUGUUUUAUACUAAAAUAUGCCUGAUUUUCUUGGAUAGGACAGCAAUGAUAUGUCACUGUCAUUGUGUUUCAUACUGACACUUUAAGUAACGCGGAGUACAGCUUCCUCAGGCCGGUUCUGGAUGCUUAAACCCACAUCAGUUGCAUUCUCUCGGCCUCUCUAUUAUCAAGUGACCUCUUUAAUAACAUGCUUUCAUCAUGGUCUCUAUGAACCCAUCAUCAGCCACUGAACAUGUUCUCUCUCUCUCUUUGUUUUAAAUAUAUAAAUCUAGGUGUCCCUUAACAUUUAUGUACCUGGUCUCUGGCAUUCAACAUAAUUUCAACAUUGCCAGAUGGUGUGAAGUAAAUAAAAAAAAAAAAUGUAUCCAAAGAGCUGGGAGGAGCGAUCAAAGUACCUGCCGAAAAUCCUGUUUAAUUAUUUUAUUUUUGGUUUGUUUCUUAAAAGAAAUUUUAGUAUUCCUGUUGAAAAAGCCCAAUGGAAAAGGAGCUGGUUACUCAUGUUUAAUGUUCUGUAGUUCUGAUGUAUGCACUAGAAGUUCUGAAUGUCUAUCAGUGUUCUCUCUUGCUAUCAUUUAACCUUCGUAUGUGUGACGUUCUUUGCAGAACACUUGUGUUUGGCUCAUGAAAUUUAUCUGGUCAGUACACGGUGGGGGGGGUGGGGGUGGGAAAUAAUCAAAUUAUUUCAACACACCUGUGAUUAGGUCCUUUGCAAUUUAAGGUUCACAACAUGACUUGAAAUCCAGUGAUCCAUGGAGCUUACAGGGUGAUGCUGUUUCCAUGGACAUUAAGUAAAAUAAGCUUUGUGUGCUUUGUAAAGUUGCUGUAAUAUCAGAGUGCGUGUGCUGCAUUGGGUUCAUUUGAUGAGCCAGGCUAUUCUUACAUUAACAAAGACAUAAUGGAAGCUUUUUAAGCGAAUGGUGCCGUUUGCUCCCCUUACUCGAUUUUGAAAAUAAACAUAUUUAAAAAAA